GAGGCUCGGCCGCAGCCUUCUCCCCGUGCUCACCGACCCCGGCCGCUCUUGGCGUGGGGUCUCCGCGGACCGGCGCCUUCUGCUUAUUUGGGAUAUUUGGUGGUGUUCGCAGAAACACGGCGACGGUCGUAAGCUGAAAGCCGGGCUGAUGUAGCUGUUGUUCUGCUCUUCUGGGCUGAAAGGCAGUCAUGGAUCAGGUUAUGCAAUUUGUGGAACCCAGCCGUCAGUUUGUAAAAGAUUCCAUACGACUUGUUAAGAGAUGCACCAAGCCUGACAGGAAAGAGUUCCAGAAAAUUGCCAUGGCAACCGCAAUAGGCUUUGCAAUAAUGGGUUUUAUUGGUUUCUUUGUCAAAUUGAUCCAUAUCCCAAUCAACAAUAUAAUUGUAGGUGGCUGAAUAUUCAUCAUGAAGAAGACAGUUGUGACACCUGCGGCAAUGAUUUCACAGCUUUAAUUUGUUUGAUAUUAAACAAGCUCAGUUUGGGUUUUCAAACAUUGUUGUCAUCUUGUUUCUUUUUAAAGUAUAUCUGAUCAUAUCUGUCUACAGGCUUUUUGUUUUUUUUGGGUAAUAGUAGUUUUUUCAAGUGUGUUUUACUUGUUACUUCUUUUAACCAUAGUAGAAUCCUU